AUGGCAGAGCGGGAAGAUCCUGCCCCUGAUCCUACACCCGAGUCGAGCCUCCCGUUCAAGAAGAGACCAGUUACUGGAGGAGAAGAAGAUCAUAAGAAGCGAAACAAAGAACGAAUGGAGAUCAUAAAGACCAGAAAAUUGAGAAUCAGGGAAAUGCAAGAUCAGGCUUACUUCAGCGUUCUUCGAGUCUUUGUGGCAGAAAGCGUAGAAAUUUCCGGUGCAAGGAUUACCAUACUGAAAGAUCUCAUGAGGGAGUUGAAAGUUACUUUCCAAAAAAAUAGAGAUUAUAGGAAGGCUAUAGGAAAAGAUAACGUGGUCCAACAACUAAGGACAUAUUCCUCGGAGGCGGAAGAGGAAGAGGAAGAGGACGAGGACGAGGACGAAGACGAGGACGAGGACGAGGACGAAGACGAGGAUGAGGACGAGGAAGAGGAGGAACCUCCUCGCCCAAAAGAGAAAUUGCCGCCUCUCCGUAUAAAACUGAAGAAACAAUUACCACAGACACCCGAAUCACAAGAAGAGCCCAAGACCUCUAGAGAUAAGCAUAAAGAAAAUGCAGUGACAUCCUCUGCUGGUGCUUCAUCUUCUGAACGCUGCAGCAGAAUUUCUCCUGAGUCUCUCGUCGGAAGAGUCAUUCAUAUAAGACUGCCCGGAGAUGAAGACUAUAUUCAGUUCACUAUUGCAGCAUACGACACAUAUCAGGGACAGUAUCAGCUACAGUCGGACACAGAUACAAUGGAAGACCCAUGUAGCUGGGUUGAUCUCAGAUGUAUUCCAGCUGAAGAUAUCCUAUGGGAAGGUGAAGAUCCGGGGAUUUCUGAAGAAGCGUGCGCUCUAGCACCAGGCCAAACCUUAUUGCGAGAAACCAGUACCACUACACGAGAAAGGUCUGAUGAUCACUGCUUCAAAAUACCACCUCUUCCAUCAAAGUAUACAGCCAGUAAGGAGCCACUCAAGGAGGUGAGUAAAGUUACCAGCAAAGCUCCAACUGAACUCGAGAAGGGAAAGGAAACCCUGAAGGGCGACGAAGAUAUACAUAAGGAUGCCAUAGAAAAGAUAGCCGAUUCAUCUCCCAAGGACAAAGGUGGGGAGCAGACAGAGCCGCACAGGGAUACAGCAGUGGCUGGAAAACCAGACCAAAGUGAAGGAGACUUGAGUAACAACAGUUGA